CUUUUAAAUGUGAGCCAUGGCGCCCCUCAUGACAGCUCGCAUUGGCCGCAGGGGCUCUUCCGCAGCGUUUCAUGUCCUGCUUUUCCCAUUGACUGUUCAUCUUACGACUCCCUCCUCUGCAGACCGAUGCUUUAAGUGAGGUCCGCGGGGCGCUGUCGCAGCCGCUGCUGCCCCCUUACCGCAUCGCCCAGGUGGCCGUGUCUGUGCUCACAGCCCUGGAAGCCCUGCACGGCCAGGGCUAUGCACACCUGGACAUCAAGCCCUCUAACUUGCUGCGAACAUCGGAAGGCCGCUUGAUGGUGGGUGAUGCAGGCUGCAUGCAGCGGGUGGCAGCCGAUGGCAUGCUGCACCUGCCUGCCUCGGGCACGCCCCUCUUUGCGGCACCGGAAACGAAGCGCAAGGGCGCCUUCAGUGUCAAGGCGGACUUGUACUCUGUGGGCGUCCUGCUGACGGUGUGUGCCGCGUGGCACCGACAAACGGGUCGCGUUCUGGGCUUCUUGCGCGGUGAGGCGGCGCUACCGGAUUUCCUGCCGGAUGAGCUCAAGGACCUCGUGGUGCGGCUCGUGGCUGUGGAUCCGGAGCAGCGGCUCAGUGCGGAGGAGGCAUUGCGGCACCCCUUUCUGGCUGCAGUGGAUGCGGGCCCGCUGCUGCCGGUCCGCGUUGACGGGACGGUCCCGCGGUAGGGAGGCCCGCGGAGGGAGGGGGUUAAUCCGCUGCGUGCGUCGGGGGACGCCCUUGCUAUCAGUAGCUGCUUUUCGUGAUUCCCAAAAUAAGCUUAAGAGUGCCCAGCGGGUGUGCGGACGAAACGAAUAAGGCUGGGUACCAGUUUGCAGACCGAGAGGGGCCUAUCUAUAUUUGCCUAUGGGCCCGGGACUGUCUUUGCCAUUGCGGUGCACAUCGCGUGCGCAUCAUGGAGCGUUGCAUGCAUGGGAGGUAACAGGAAAAACCCGCAUCGUGACUUGGAUAAUUAAACAAACGGAAAACGGCAGAGCGAACACUUUGCAAGGUCAGAAGUAAUGCGCGCGUUGUUUCAGUAUUACCCGAUGAUGCCUGACUUGGAGGGGAGGUCACGUGGCGAUGCGCGCGGGCGGCAGCAGGGGCAUGGCGUGGAUGGCUGCAUUCGCCACAAGUGCAUGGUGCAUGGCGGAGCUACAUGGUUUUGCAUAUAUUUAACUUCAUCACCGGCAGAAUGGGACAGCACCAGAGCAGAUGUGCGGAUUGGUGAUAUUCAUUAAUUUAUAGGCCUUUGUCGGUGGUACCCAAUUUUUCUUGUCCUUAUAGCAGCGGGUGAACGCUUUGCUGCUACUACUCGUGUUUCGGUUUUGCGAGUUUCGCGCUGUGCCGUGGACGUUGCUCUUGUGUAUGACACUCGGCCUGAAGGACAGUGUUCCAGUAGCGCGAGAUGAUGUUGACUCUGUGGGCGUAGUCUGGUGUUUUGGAUUCGACGCCAGUGGGAAGCAUGAUGAAGACAUGUCUUAACGGCUUUCGUUGUUGAAUAACAACCGGUGGUUACGGCGGAUCCAUGCGGCCGGUUAUGGACUGGACGCCGCACAUCCUGUGCCAACCAUAAGGCUCAUGUUCUCAGGGCUUUUGCCAGAAGUAGAAAGGUGCAAAACAACUGUAAACGGAUGAUUGUCU